CCCUCGACAUGUCAUGCGUCAAUCCAGCACGCCAUCGUUUCCUGAUCCACUUUUCAAAGAACAGUGGUAUUUGAACGGUGGAGCAGCGGAUGGCCUAGACAUGAACGUGGGAUACGCUUGGACAAAAGGCUAUACGGGGAAAGGUGUAGUUAUAACAAUACUGGACGACGGGAUACAGCCUAAUCAUCCGGAUCUUCUGCAGAAUUACGAUCCAGCGGCAUCAACUGACAUAAAUGGGAACGAUACGGAUCCGACGCCCCAGGACAAUGGAGAUAAUAAACAUGGCACCCGAUGUGCGGGAGAAGUCGCUGCGGUUGCCUACAACAAAUACUGCGGUGUAGGCAUAGCGUACAAUGCUAGCAUAGGAGGCAUAAGAAUGCUUGAUGGCCUAGUUAACGACGCAGUGGAAGCUAAAGCGCUAGGCUUCAAUACACACCACAUAGACAUCUAUAGCGCUUCCUGGGGACCCGAGGACGACGGGAAAACUGUAGACGGACCGGGCCCCUUAGCUAGAAGGGCUUUUAUAAAUGGCGUAACAAAUGGAAGAGGAGGAAAAGGGUCUAUUUUUAUAUGGGCAUCGGGAAACGGCGGGAGGCACACCGAUUCCUGUAACUGUGAUGGCUAUGCAAAUAGCAUAUUUACUAUAUCAAUUUCUAGUGCUACUCAAGGGGGUUAUAAGCCUUGGUACUUAGAAGAAUGUUCCUCAACUUUAGCUUCGACGUAUAGUUCUGGUACUCCUGGUAGAGAUAAAAGUGUAGCCACUGUUGACAUGGAUGUCCAAUUAAGGCCUGAUCACAUAUGCACCGUGGAUCAUACGGGUACCUCGGCGUCGGCACCGUUAGCGGCGGGAAUUUGCGCUUUGGCACUAGAAGCUAACUCCUUACUAACUUGGAGAGAUAUGCAACAUCUUAUCGUAAUGACUUCCAGGUCACAGCCAUUAGAUAAAGAGGAAGGGUGGAUCGUUAAUGGUGUGAUGCGAAAAGUAAGUCAUAAAUUUGGUUACGGACUUAUGGACGCUGGUCAAAUGGUUUCGCUGGCCGAACAAUGGAUAAAUGUACCGCCGCAACACAUAUGUAAGUCUCAAGAAAUAAACGAGGACAGGUCGAUCGAGAUUUCCUUUGGCUAUACGAUAUCCGUUCACAUGGACGUAAAUGGCUGUAGUGGUACGAUAAACGAGGUCAGAUUUUUGGAACAUGUUCAAUGUAAAAUUUCACUGAGUUUUUUUCCUAGAGGAAACUUACGGAUACUGCUUACGUCACCAAUGGGUACUACGUCUACCCUUUUGUUGGAAAGGACGCACGAUGCCACUAGUUCAAACUUCGACGAUUGGCCGUUCUUAAGUGUUCACUUUUGGGGUGAAAAUGCGGAGGGAAGAUGGACACUUCAAAUAAUAAACGCAGGAAAUAAUCACGUUACCCAGCCAGGGGUAUUGAAAAAAUGGCAGCUUAUUUUCUACGGUACAGCCACGGAUCCAAUAAGAUUACGAAAUAAAAGUUAUUUCAAUUCCAAUAACGUUCAACAAGAGGAGAAGCCUUAUCACAUUAACGAUGUAUAUGACGCGUCGGAAUAUUCCCACUUUCUCAAUGAAAUUGAACUCGGCAUUUCAGAUAGGCGUAGUUAUCAGAAAAAUAUUCCUUCGGCUCAGAGAAAAAAUGUUUUAGCAGAUGCAAAUGAUAAGCAAGUGCAGAGGUUAUGUGACCCAGAAUGUGACUCGCAGGGUUGUUAUGGGAAAGGACCAACGCAAUGCGUAACUUGCAAACACUAUCGCUUGGAUAACUCUUGCGUGUCGAGAUGUCCCCCUAGGAGUUUUGUUAAUCAGGGUGGAGUCUGUUGGCCAUGCCACGAGUCUUGUGAAACGUGUGCCGGGGCUGGACAAGAUUCUUGUUUGACAUGUGCUCCAGCUCACCUCCUUGUUGUAGAUUUAGCUGUAUGCUUACAACAAUGCCCAGAUGGUUACUAUGAAGACCAAGAUGCAAAUGCCUGUUUUCCAUGCGCAGAACAUUGUGACACAUGUUCAGAAAAAGCUGAUAUGUGUUCCUCGUGUGCUCACAGCUAUGUGCUAUACAACGGAUCGUGCUUAGCAACCUGUCCAUCUAGCACGUUUCAAAAAGACGAUUUAGGUUGUUUGCAAUGCCAUGAAUCUUGCGAAUCGUGUAGCGGUCCAAGUGAAACAGGAUGUGUUUCGUGUCGUAUUGGUGAUUACGCAUUUAAAGAUCGCUGUAUAUCCAAUUGCCCUACCGGAAGCUAUGCGGACGUUCAAAAAAGAGAAUGUGUACCGUGCUCGAUUGGAUGUUCAAUUUGCACAAACACACUGUGUUCUGUUUGCCAGGAGAAAUGGAUUUUGGAUAAAAGGGGCAAUUGUCAGCCGAACGGAAAUGAAAAAUGUGACACUAGCGAAUAUUACGAAGGAGGGCGUUGCAAAAACUGUCAUUCCACUUGCGAGAAAUGUAGCGGAUCAAAUGAGUGGGACUGUUUAUCUUGUUCAAGCCCGUUGUUAUUGCAGGGAUCGAGGUGCGUUGCGGAAUGUGGACAAGGGUAUUAUCAGACGGCGGGUAGAUGUUCCAAAUGUCCACACACUUGCACAAAAUGUGUGUCGAGGCUGAACUGUACGUCUUGCGCUGGCUCUUUGAGGUUACAAUCUGGUACGUGUCGGGCGACCUGCGCGUCUGGAUAUUAUCCUGAUGAAGGGAUCUGCUCUAAAUGCUAUUUAUCCUGUGAGACUUGUACCGGUCCGCGGAGAGACCAGUGCGCUUCUUGUCCUCCGGAUUGGAGACUGGCAGCAGGAGAAUGUAGGCCUGAAUGCCCGCAAAACUUUUUUACGUGGGGUGACAGUUGUCGAAGAUGUCACCACUAUUGUCAAGACUGUCAUGGGGCCGGGCCUCAGCGUUGUACGUCCUGUCCACCGCAUUUCUCUCUAGAGAGUGGAUUAUGUGUGGAGUGCCUUAGCUCGCAGUAUUAUGAGCCUAGAACAAGGACAUGCCGUCCGUGUCACGAUUCUUGUAGGUCUUGCUCGGGAUCUGGGCCUACUAGUUGUGUUACUUGCGCACAUCCUCUACGUUUAGACAGAGUGAAUCACAAAUGCUUGCCGUGUUGUACAGAAAGCAUGGUUUCAUUAUAUUUAAGUACCAAUCAGUCGACUGACUGUUGCCACUGUGAUAGAGAUGUGGGUGGUUGUCUCAACGGCUCGUCAGCUGGCAAACGACGCAUUGCAGACAACAUUGGCACGCGUAUGACAGCUUCGUUCUUCGUCGACAAUGCAACAGACCCUACGAACAUAUGGGACCGGGAUUUAUUGAUAGUGAUAAGCGCUGGAGCGACCGUUCUGAUCAUAUCUGUAGCUAUGAUAACACUCAUGUUCCGAUCAAAAAGACGCAAGCACCCAACGCCCUUUCCAAAAACGGUUUACUCACAACUGAACUCAAUGGAUGAGGAUUUCACGGCAGCCAGCUUUUCAUCGAGCACUACUUUGAGGGUGAAACUGAAUGGUGUCGACCACAGUAAUGCGAACGAAGAACCAACAUAGUAAUUUAAACUCUAAGUCAAUACAAUUAGAAUAAAUUUUACACUGCAGACUGAUAUGUAGAAGUUUCUAUAGGUACAAUUUAUUCGACGUGUGCUACGACUUAAAUCCUAGGUGCUACGGCGCGUAGGUGAUCGGUACGAGUAAUUUUUAAGCACAUUAGUAUCAAACCAAUUCGAUAGGCUUUAUUUAGUGGCCCAGUUUUUUUUUGU